AUGUAAAAAUUGUUGUUCACAGAAGAAGGAUUACAGAUAAUGAGAAGUAGGAAUAGCGAUCCAAUAAAACAGAACACUGAUAGUAAAGGGAUAUCAAUAAGACCAAAAUGUUUGCGAAUUCAAUCAUUAUCAAGAUAAUGUAACCGUGUUAGAGUUGGGACAUUGAAGAAUACUUUUAACUUGUCGAGUCCUGAAAAUCUAAUUUAAGUUUUGCCCUUUACAAGAUAGAAACACAAGGCAACUAGUAUACCUUAAGUGCUUUCGGUUGAUUAAUUAUAAGGGAGAUAAUAGGAGGAUUUGUUGUAAAUGGCAGCAAGUCAAUUGCAUUUACCUCAUGGAAGUGGGAAGGAUGGAAUGGGAAGACAUCACUUAUAAUCAAUUAGGUUAAGAACUGGUGAUUGGUAUUAAUGGAAGAAUAUUCCAAUGUUAGCAUGUGUGGUGGAUGAUUUUUAGAAGAAGUUAAAGUAUAGAAAUUUGAUUAUAGAGAUUGUAGUAAACAUCUGAGGAGGAGGAACAUAUGAAAGUGGAGAAACGAUAAAUAUAACAUGAGUUUGAAAUGAAGAAGGUUGAUUAGAUAUAAAGAAAAACAAAGUAAAAUUUGAAUCAGGUUUUGGAAUAGAAAUCAUUAACAUAUAAUAUUGAUUUGGAUGAGUUUUGGAAGUAGAUGAAGGAAAAUGUAAUGAAAUUAUAUAUAUAAAAUUAAGAGUAAAUACUUUUAACAUCAUACAGAUGAGAUGGCAAAGAGUAGGGCAAGUAAAAGAGAGAGAUUGGAGAAAUUUUAAAAGAAAUUUACAGAUAAAAAGUGUUAUAUCCCAUAAAUAUAGAAGUAGAAUGUUAAUAAUAAGGAAACAGCAUAUUAUGAUAUAUGA